AUGGAUGCUAUUGAGGCCGACAAGCCGCAGAGACUCGUUGCGAGCACCGCAACAUUCGGGGUAUUGAAGAACGUCUUCGAUUUCGUGCUGGUCACAGGGCUCACAGUAUCGGUCUUUGUCACUGUUAUAACGGCUACAGAUGAGGAUACACGUAUCGGCGAAUUCGUCCCUAUCAUUCUUGGAACUCUGCUCUUUCCCCUCACGCUCUACCUUUUCUACGUCUUACAGGCCGUCGUCAAGACCGUAAAGGAUAGUCUCGUGCUUAGGAGGCGGCAAAUUGAUGGCCUGGCCCACAUCGAUAGCUCAGUGGGCCGUGAAGACGAUGGUGAAACUAAACAUCACAAGUAUUACCCGGUGGACUUACUCUCGAGGGGUAUGGAAAAAAUUAGGCUACGUUACUCACAAGCCAAACUUUCGUUGACGUUCAUGAUGCACAAUUCGUGCCUGGCUUUGAUCUUUUUGGAUUCGCUUAAGCUCACACUAUGGUAUCUCACGCUUGUGUACUGGCAUAGAAAUGACCACACCGAACCGUGGGAUUUCGGUGACACACCUCUGUCUAUUUAUAAGCUCCAUUACACAUCACUAUCAGUGACCAAUACUGAGCUAUGUCUAUUCAUUCUAGGAGCUACAGACAUCAAGGACGUGCUAUGCGCAUACGAAUUCUGGAUUAACGUUGUCAUAUUGCCUCCAGUAACGCUAUUUGUCAAGUUACUGUUCUUCCGCCACCUGGAAUUCUUUCACGCCUAUUGGAUGAUGGGUUUCUUCAUUUGGAUCAAAUAUUUCUUACUACUCGACAAGAUACUUAAUACAUUAUGCGUGGGACUUGAGCGCAGGGUGCACCGUACGUCUAAAAUUGUUCUAGGUAUAUUCCUCAUGACCAGUGCCUUUGCGAGUUCCAUGUACGUUCUGCAAGGAGUACACCCUAAGACGGCGAAUGUAUCUCCAUAUAUUCAUACCCUCUCGCAAUACGGCAACUUCUUCUACUUUGCGCUCAUCACAUUCUCCACCGUCGGUUAUGGCGACGUUACACCGUUGACCAUACAAUCCAAGCUGGUGGCAGUGUGUUUCGUCGUAUGCAUGCUGGUGUGGAUCCCUUACGAGAUGAACAACUUCAUCCAAGGUAUCGAAAGCGAAAGGGAAGUCAGUGGUCACCUAUCUUCGUGGGGCGCAAUACGCUCAUUUAUCUUACUCGUUGGUGAUGUGGACCCUAUACAACUUUCGUUGUUCAUCUCUAAGAUAUACUAUGCUGGAUUGAAACUCAAGAUUAUUCUGCUAACUAACAUGAGCGUGGGCACCUACGAGACACAAAUCAACCAGGCGAAGCUGCUCCGUGUCGCACUGUGUAUCGUUAAGGAGGACCCCGGAAUAAAUGGCAACGUUGACAUUUUGCAUACUAUUAAGGCCAGUGAUGCGGCCGCUACAUUUGUACUUUCUACAUUCAAGAAUCAUUAUUCGCGUAAGACUGACACUAAGACGGUAGCACGUCUCAUCAGUCUUAAGAAGUUUGGGAUUAGCAGCGACAGUGUAAUCAUCCAAUACUGCUCACCAAUCAGGCCCCAGAUAGCUCUCCGGUCGUUUGGUAGCAUCGUCAAUCUCUAUCGCUUCAAAUCUGCAAUUAUCGCAAAAAACAUCAAAUGCCCAGGGAUCAUUACACUGAUCAUCAACCUGUCGCUAACACAUACAUCAAUUCUGCAGCAGAGCAAAGGAGACGAACUGUAUAAUCAGUACGUCACCGGCAUAGGGAAGAGACUACUUACGUUCGAGAUCCCUGAAAGCCUAGUUGGAAUCAGUUUUGAGACACUAUGCUUCAGCCUGUACAAUCGCUAUGGUUAUGUAGCCAUCGGCGUGCUUCAUUCGGAUAGUGGUUUCCGUACAUACCAACUGAACCCCGCUGGUGAGGACUACAUCAUCAAGCAGGGCGAUAGAGCUGUGCUCGUCGCUGAUUCUGCUAGUACUACAUCUAUGGAGAAGGAUGUGGUAACAUCGGGUAGGAAUUCAUCAGUUGCAGUCAGGAACACGAUGAUCGACAUGGUUUUGCAGCGGUGGGCUACUACUGAUGUGUCGCAACAAAAGGAUGGUACCACCAACCAGGAGAGCACCGGUCUAAACUCCCGCCGCAGCAGUAUCGACAGCAAUAUAAUUGCCUACGAUACUGUCGGCCGGAAAACUCCACUUGACGCGAAUUCGAUCGUUGUUAAUUCCAUUACUCUCGCAUGUCGUCACGUCUUCGAGGAGCCUAAUCGUCCCAUAAUGGCUAUUGUGGGAUACUCGGAGUUUGUGCUCCAAUUGCUUUUGUACUUUGAGGAGCUCAAUGAAUUUAAUGUCAUUCUCUUCGGCCGCGAGAUAUCUGUGAAGGUCAAUGUGGCUAUUUUGCAAAGGUUCAAAAGCUUCUUGGCCGUUAUCGAUGGUGACCCAAUGACCGAAUCCGACGUUCACAGGGCUGAACUUCACAAAUCGUGUUACAUCUACGUCAUUCCGAGUCCUGAGCUCAAUGACCCAGAAGAGUCGGACACAGAUCUCGAUCUGCAGACGAUUGUUACGUAUCGUCACCUGAAGACGUUGAUGCAGAAUUCGAUGAAUGAGCCAGAGAAUUUCAACAACUUCCACUCCAACAUAUACGGUUUGGUUGAGCUUUACAGUUCUUCCAAUGUUGCCUACCUUGACGACACCAUGUGGUCUGCAUGGAACGUUUUGGAUAAGAAGUUGGACCCAUCUCUAUCGUACAUUCACUCGGUAGAAUUCUCUAUGGGUCAAUUUAUCAGUGACGGGAUGUUGUACAGCGUCACUAUGAACACAAUGUUUAUACACGAGGAUUAUGCGCUAUAUCGUAUAAUGCAGGACCUUGUCAGCGUUGCUGGAAGCGGAAGCAAUUUCCGUGGUAUUGAGAUGCUACCUAUCAAAGAUAUUAUGCUCGAGUUUAAUAAAAGAACGUUCGGUCAGCUUUUCAACCUGCUAUUUGCGAAUAUGAAGAAGAUCGCCAUAGGCCUCUACAGAGUGGGCAACGGGCCUAUGGAAAACUGUGUGAUAUGCUCGCCUGCGCCAAAUUUUCUUAUACGGCAUACGGACAUGGUACGUUAA